AUGACGAGCUAUGCAGCCAUCGUGUUUCGCAAGGUGGAGAAGACGUGCCACUAUCUUCCUGUGAUCUUAAACACCUUCUUGGUUUUCUCCAUUACCGGGGAGGUGAGCUACUUGGUGGUGGUUGAGGCUCCACUGCAGGCUGACCAGAAGAGGACGGAGUGGUCCUCGCGGUGGAAAUCCGUGCACCUGCUGGCCCAAUACUUUAUGUUUUGCAACAUUUGUUGGAACGCCUUGCUAUUUGUCCGAACCAGCCCCAGCAUCAAAGGCGUGUUCCUCGGAGAGGAUAGUGUGGGACAGGGAUGGAGGUUCUGUUACGCAUGUGAGACGCACACUCCUCCACGCAGUUCCCACUGCUACGACUGCAAGGUGUGCGUGCUGCGGCGGGACCACCACUGCGUGUUCUUUGGGCAAUGCGUGGGCUUCCGCAACUACCGUUACUUCCUGAGCUGCUUGCUGUUCAUGUGGUCGGGGUUGCUGUACGCCACGCUAAUGAACGCUGAGGUCUUCAUCGUCAUUCUGAAAGAAGGCAUGACUCUGCACAGCGUCCUGCUGCUGCUGAUACCCUGGAUUAUGCUGAUGUCAGGUCAGGUCUCGGCGCGUGCCUUUGCUUUCGCCUUCAUUGCCGACACAUGCGUCGUGGGCUUCCUGUUGGUCUCUGCCUUCUUCUUCUUCCACCUCUUCCUGCUUUUCCGGGGACAAACCACAAGAGAGUGGUUCUCGUCUCGCCGCCCCUACAACCUCGGACUGCUGGGCAACUUGCGUCACACUUUUGGCAGUUGCUGGUACCUUUGUUGGCUCUGCCCACUUAUCCCGUCACCUCUACCUGGAGAUGGGAUACACUUUCAGGUGACGGGAUCACUUGCACCUAUACGAUAAUAACACCUGAGCAAAGACAUCACUGAAUGACUUUUGUAAAGGCUGGACUCUUAAAAGGUUCCCUCAGUAAAACAUUGUUUCCCAAACAGGAAUACUCUAUCUAUACGCACUGAAAUAUUUGACUGGAUACGUGUGUUAAUAAUGAUUACUGUUUAUGUUAUGGUUAUGGCCACGCUGAAAUAAAUAGCGUCCAGAUGA